UUUAAAAACCAAGGCUUCUCCAGUGCACCGCUUUUCUUUCCCACUUUGCACUCAGUGAUGUCGCUUAUUUAUGUGGCCCGCCUGUAAAGCGCGAGACAGGCACAACAACCGAGGGUUUCUUCUUCCUUUUUUUUUUUAAAUUAUACAUUAUUUAAUUCUUUUUACAUUAUUAUUUCUUCUGUUGUCCCCACCUUGUACCCUUAUGUCCCCUUUUCCCCUACCCCUUUCUCCACCUUCUUUUGUUCCAUGCUGAAAGGAAGUGUGUUAUUUGGUUUAAUAAAUAUUUAAGUUCCUUCUCAUUUUAUAUCUCGUUUGCCUUUUAUGUUGUCAACCAACAAAGAUUAAUGUAUAUAUUUUGACUGCGAGAUCUAAGGAGUUGCAUUAAUAACGCCUGCGGCCAUGUCAACGCCCCCUCCUCCAAAACCACCCCCCUGUAAUUUACGAAGAAGUUUGACGUGAACAGACUUUAAACCGCCUGCUUAAUCACCUCAAAAGACACCAUCUCCAAGCUAACAUGGCAGUCAGACUGUGUGAUGUGGCUUCUCUGCUGAGAAGUGGUUCGUGGGCGCCCGAGCCUUGGACUGGGGUAAUCGCUGCCAUGGAAUCACAGCUCUCCAACGGGCCGUCGUGCAACAACACGAGCAACGGCCCGUCCAACAACUGCUCCUCGCCUGUGGAGUCGAGCAGCAUGGAGGAGAGUAAAACUAACUUGAUAGUCAACUAUUUGCCUCAGAACAUGACCCAAGAGGAGCUCAAGAGCUUAUUUGCCAGCAUCGGUGAGAUCGAGUCCUGUAAGCUUGUCCGGGACAAAAUUGCAGGGCAAAGCCUGGGCUACGGCUUUGUCAACUACGUGGACCCCAAAGACGCAGAGAAAGCCAUCAACACCUUAAACGGCCUGAGACUUCAGACCAAAACCAUUAAGGUUUCCUACGCACGUCCAAGCUCGGCGUCCAUCCGCGAUGCAAAUCUGUAUGUCAGCGGCUUGCCAAAGACCAUGACUCAGAAAGAACUGGAGCAGCUCUUCACUCAGUACGGCCGCAUCAUUACCUCACGCAUCCUGGUGGACCAGGUGACCGGUCUUUCCAGAGGGGUCGGCUUCAUCCGUUUUGACCGACGAGUGGAGGCCGAGGAGGCCAUAAAGGGCCUGAAUUGCCAGAAGCCGCCCGGCGCCACCGAGCCGAUUACAGUGAAGUUCGCCAACAACCCCAGCCAGAAGACCAGCCAGGCACUGCUCUCUCAGCUUUACCAGUCGCCCAAUCGAAGGUACCCAGGACCGCUCGCACAGCAGGCACGCUUCAGGCUGGACAAUCUGUUGAACAUGGCUUAUGGUGUGAAAAGCAGGUUCUCCCCUAUGGCCAUUGACGGGGUGACCAGCCUGGCGGGCAUCAACCUCCCGGGCCACCCCGGCAGCGGCUGGUGCAUCUUCGUCUACAAUCUGGCACCCGACGCCGAUGAGAGCAUCCUGUGGCAAAUGUUUGGGCCGUUUGGCGCCGUCACCAAUGUCAAGGUCAUACGCGACUUCAACACGAACAAGUGCAAGGGGUUCGGCUUCGUCACCAUGACCAACUAUGACGAGGCGGCCGUGGCCAUUGCCAGCCUGAAUGGGUACCGCCUUGGGGACCGCAUGUUGCAGGUGUCAUUCAAAACCAACAAAACGCACAAAGCCUAAAAGAAAUAUGUACCAAUAUUAAUUUUCUACAUUAUGAAAACGACUGUGCGGGAUUUUGGGUUUUUUUUUUUGCUUUGCAUCUUUCUAUACUUUGAAAAAAACGGGUAUUUAGGUUUAGUCGUUCUGUUACGCCAAGUCUUGUGCAGUGUUGUGAUUCUUUUUCGUUUUUGUGUCCCGAUUAAUUUUUUUUGUUGUUGUUGUUGCCUUGAGUGCUUAACUUCAUUUAGACUAUUUUAUCGGGUUUGUCGUAUUAUUCUCAUUGUAGAUCAGCUACAUAAUGUGUCUUACUUUAAAGUUGUAAGAGAGAGCGAGAGAGACACAAAAAAAAAUUAUAUAUAUUGCCAAAGAGCUAAGAACCUCUUUGGGUUGAGAAAAAAAAAACUCUAUUUUUAUAAAAAAUUAAGAAAAAAUUGGAGCAAACUUUUUACUGGUCCUAAAACAAUAUGAAAAAAAAAAUUUUGACUUUGGGAAAUUUCUUCGUAUGACAACCCCAGUGAGCUUAACGAGAGAGGUUGCAGACCUUUGUGAUGUAAAAAAAAAACAAAAAAAAGUUUUGUAUUAUCUUUGCCGAUUUCUGUUGUAUUUUUUUUUCAUUUGCCGCUUUACGAUUUGACUUCGACUUUGACUUACGAUUUUGGCCUCUAAUGCGCAGUAUCUAAUUUUAUGUUUGUUACGUUGAAGGCCAUCAGUUGUUGCUCUGUUUUGGUAUGUAGAUAGUCUGUUUAUGUUUAGAUACGUUUCUUUAUAUAUAAUAUAUAUAUCAUUAUAAAUCACUAUUUGUGGUACUUACAGUUAUUGAUUAUUUACAUAUAUCUAUUUAUCUAUAUACUAUAUAGAUAUAUACUGAAUAGUGCAUAAAGUAUAUCUCGUCUUUCAAUGAUUUGAAAAUUAUAAUGAAAGUGACAAAAUUAGGCCACAUACAUCAAAGCCAUUAAAGAGCAGUAUGCUAUGUGCAUUAUACUGUAUAUAUUAUUUAUUCAUGUUUUGCUUUGUAAUGCCCCCAGUUAGACAUUGUUUUGGUUGCAUUUUUCUAAAGGGUCUGGCAUGCAAAUAUGCUCCCUUACUUCUUAUGGCUUUAAUGUAAGGACACUUCAUUUAGCUGUUUUUGUUGUUUGUUGUUGGAAAACAGAAUGUUUGAGUAUAUAAAGAGAUGUACAUGUUUUGUUUUUUUUUCAGUACUUCGAAAAAACAAUUUAACUCCAACAUACCCCUUUUUGAGUACAUCAAUAAAUAAGUUUGAAGGGCAACAGCUGACAAAUUGUUUUAUUUUGUUUUGCACAAAAAUAUUUACUCUGAUUUUUCAGACUGAAUAAUAUAAUAGUCAUAACACCAGGUUACUGUUCCACAUAUCUGAACCUCUGACGUCACUUCUUGGCUGUCCAUCACUCAAGA